AUGGGAGAAAUUAUUUAAUUAUGUUUUGGAGAUAUUGGAAAUAAUAUUGGACACUAAUAUUUAGAGAAAUUGAUAGAUGAUCAUUAUCUAGACGAUAAGAACAACUUGACAAAGGAUUAAUAUAGACAAAAAAUUCAUGUAUCAUUUGAGGAGUUAAAAACUCAAUAAUAUUAGUUCAGAGGAAUAUUUGAUCAUUCAAGCGAUUGUAAAAUAACAAAUUAUAUAAUAAGAAUCCAUCCAUAAUCUAUUAACAUCUCCUGAAUCUGAAUACAUCAAUAAUGAUUUAUUACUGUAAAAUAGAAAUAGAAAUAAAUCAGGUACAUUUUCAAAUAGCUAACUGAACUUUAGAGAUUAAGUCAAAGAAGAACUGUUUGAAAAAUUGAGACAUCAAUUUGAGAAAUGUGAUAAUUUUUUUGGAUGCCACUUUACUCAUUCUACUUAUGACUAUUCAUCAGGUUCAUCGUCAGUAGCAAUAGAUUCAUAUAGGGAAAGUUAUCCAUAUAAAUUUAGCAGUUCUUUUUCUAUGUUUCCUAAUAUUGUAAGUUCUAAUACAAUUGAAAUUUAUAACACUUGUUUUUCAAUUUAUAGAUUAGUUGAGUAUUGCGAUAGUGUUGUUCUAUUUGAUUAUGGGGCUUUAGAAAAUUAAUUGACAAAACUAAGAUAAUUAAGCACUUUUCAAAAUUUCAAUAAUGUAAUAGCUGAAUGUUUAUUAUAAAUAAAUUGCUCCUAACGUUUUCCUGGUUAUUAGAAUGGAGAUUUGAAAAAAAUAGCUACUAAUCUAAGUCCUUUUCCUCGUUUGCACUUCUUUACAUGUGCAUUUACGCCUAUUUAGAGUGGAUCGGAUUUGUAGUAAACAUUAAAAAAUUUAUGUGUGCCUACUAGCUCUUAUUUCACUUUUGAAAACGCUACUAGAAAUUUAUACCUUUCUCAAGCAUUAAUUACAAGAUGCAAUUCAUAUAAUUUAGAUUUUUAAUAAGCUUUUUCAACAAUAUAAAAUAACAUAGAAUGGAUACCAGAUGCUGCAGUACAUAUUAAUUGUAAAAUUGAAAAUAGGAAUCUAGGAAAAACAGUUAUGCACUUGGGGAAUCAUAGGGAUUUAGGGCAUAGUUUUAAAUAACAUUCUGAGUUAUUUGCUGCAAAUUUCAGAAGAAAAGCAUUCGUACAUUAUUAUUUAUAAGACGGGAUGGAUGAAAUGGAAUUUACUGAAGCUGAGUCAAAUAUGAAUGAUUUUAUCUCUGAGUAUUAAGAUUAUUGUAACUGCUGCGGAAUAUCAGAAUAUGAUGAAGAGGAGUAAGAAUCUGAAUAAGACUUUUGA